AUGCUACGUUUGGAAGCUUGUCUUACUGGUGAAGCAGCAGAGACUAUAAAAGGAUUGGGAUAUUCAACAGAGGUGUAUGAAGCAGCAAAAGCACACCUGGUCCGCAAAUACGGUGGCAGUCGGAGACAAGUACAAUCGCAUUUGGAUGAGUUAAAGAAAUUAAAACCCCUCGAAGAGAACAAUCCAAAAGAAUUGGAAAAAUUUGCAGAUAUUUUGGAACGAGCUGUAAUUACUCUGAAAGAAAAUGGUCGCGAGUCAGAUUUGGAGAGUGGAAUAUUGCAUACAAUAAUAUUGUGGAAAAUUCCGGAGCGUUUACUUCCACAGUAUUACCGUUGGGUAAAAGAAAACCACUACAAAGAUUCCUUGGAAAAAUUGAAAGAUUGGGUAGCUGAAGAAGCGGAAUAUCAAAUGCAAGCAUCUGAAAUUAAAAAUGGAAUCAAUUCGGAUGGUGAAAGAAGAAAGGAGAGAAGAUAUAGGACAUUCUUCAAUAAAGAAAGCGGUAAGAAAGAGUGCGAUCCAUGUUCUGCUUGUGCAGGAAGUCAUCCAAUUUGGAAAUGUGACUCUUUCUGAAGUCAAGCUAUUGAUGAGAAAUGGAAAAUUGCGAGAAGAGUUGGGCUGUGUUACAGAUGCCUCGGGAAAGAUCAUUUGGGGAGUUCGUGUACAAGAAGUCGACAGUGUAAUAUUAAUGGUUGCAAGGAAACCCACCAUCGUUUACUCCAUGGGCAAAGAAGAGUCAAUACCAAAGGUCCUAAUCAAGAUAGCAAUGUUCCGGAAAAACCUCCCAUGAAACAAAUGGAUCCAGAAAAGAAAAAUCUUCAAGAACAGGCUCUUGGCACGGAGGGGAAUGGCAAUACACAAGCCACUACAAUGAAAACCAGCACAGAUCAUGCUACCAGGAAAAUAGCACUGCGCACGAUCCCAGUUAUUUUUAAAAAUGGAAUGCGUAAAGUUCAUGUAAACUGUCUGUUGGAUGAAGGAAGUAACACUACUUACAUCAACGAGGAUGUUAUAGAAGAACUAGGUUUAACCGGAGUGAAAGAAAAAAUCGAAGUCAAGGUAGCAAAUGACCAGACAAUUAGUUUUAUGUCGAACACGUUUACGAUUGGGCUCGAAAGCAUGGACGGAAGAGUAGAUACAGAAAUUGUGGCAAAAACCUUGGGAAAGAUCUGUGGGGGAAUGAAAGCUGUUAACUGGUUAACCAUAAAACAAAAUUGGAAUCACUUAAAAAAGAUCCCAUUCCCAAA